AACACUGCUGUGUUCCCACUGACAGAGAGACGGACCAGGAACCACUUCUCUGUUCUUGGACUUGGUUGUAGGAUUUACUUUUCACCAGAACUUUUAAUUUCUAGUCAUGGAUUUGCUCCUGGAUUCUGGCUAAUUUUCUCAAAAUCAAACCUAAUCUUCAAGACUUUUUCUUAAAGCAAAGGGGGUCCUAUACCAUGUCUGUGACAGCCAUGUUCAGGAGCAAGUGGGGGCACAAGUCACAGGAUCCCCCAGUGAAGCAUCCACCAGCUGUGGUUCAACCCAGCAAGGGGGAGGACGAUGAUGAAGAUUUCACCAGAGAGCCUAUCCGGAGGAACUCACGCUUCUAUCGGUCAAUGAGGAAGAAGAAGCAUGGUUUAUCUGAGCACCCUACUGAGCAAAAUCCUACCAGUCAUGGUUUGGACCAGAGUCCAUCCAGCAGAGCUUCCUCUUAUGCUCCCUUACCCAACAAGUCACCUUUGUUGCCCGUGGCUAGACGCCCUCAGCUUUCACCAAAGCUCCAUCAUUCCAGAGCUGUGUUGCCAAGCAAUGAUGAUGCCAGUAGCAGACAUGCUCUGUACAACAAGGAUGAUGUGAAUAGGAGAAGAGGAGGAGUGGGAGGAGGGAGGAGUGUGGACAUAUCUGCUGCCUCCAACAGCCAGCAUCAAAAUUUUCCAGUCGACAUGAUCACUUACCGGACUCACGGCAUUCAUAGCGGAGACAUAAAAAAUCUGUCUGAUCAAACAACUGCUGCUUGCACUGUCAGAAGCGAAACCAUGAGCUCUCAACAGUCCAUUUCUCACGGAGCAGAUCGGGACAACGCCAACCCCAGGUUGCCGAGCAAUGGAGAUAGCUCCCAGACAAUCUGCCACAGCCUCAACAUCGUCAAAAACAUUGCCUUCCUGUACCAGGAAUACCGGGACACCUCCAAGCAGCAUGAGAUUGAGCAGCGGCGGCAGCGUGAGAACCUUUCUCCUGGGGUCCCACCAGGGACUGUGGUGGCAGGGUCCGGUGUCAUGUCCCCUCCAGUGUUACAGCUGCAGCUGAGGAACAGUGCUCGCUCACUGAGCUUGUGGCAGAACCUGGAAGUUGUGCAGGCCAGUGGCCUGCUCACCCAGUUACCACAGAGAGAAAUCAUAAUGCAGGAGGCCAUGUUUGAGCUUGUUACCUCAGAAGCAUCGUACUACAAGAGUUUGGAGAUUUUAGAGACUCACUUCCUACGCAACCCUGAUUUAAUCAACACUCUCAGCCAAUCUGAUGUGCAUUUUCUGUUCUCCAACAUCGAGGAAGUCAUGAAGGCCAGUGAAAGGUUCCUGAUGGAUCUUGAGCACCGAAUUGAGAAGUCUAUUUUGAUUUCUGAUGUGUGUGACAUUGUUUACCACCACGCUGUGGAACACUUCAAUGUCUUCAUCAAAUACGUCAUUAACCAGGUGUACCAGGAGAAAAACUACAGACGCAUUUUAGAGGGAAACCAGGCUUUUCGGGAGGCCAUGGCUUUACAGGAGAACCAUCCACGGGUCAGGGGCUUGUCCUUUACCUCAUUCCUCAUCCUUCCUUUCCAGAGGAUCACAAGGCUCAAGCUGCUCGUACAAAAUAUCCUGAAAAAAGCAGAGGAAAACUCAGAGACGGAAGCAAAUGCUAUAAAAGCACAUCAGCAACUGGAGCAGAUUGUGAAAGAGUGUAACGAGGGGGUGAGAAAAAUGAGUCGCACUGAGGAGCUUAUCAGCAUUGAGAAAACACUGGAGUUUAAAUCCAAGUCUGUGCCCAUCAUUUCCCACUCGCGCUGGUUGCUGAAGAAGGGUGAAGUGCAGCAAAUGUCUGGACCUAAGAGCACUAGGACCAUGCGGAGUCGUAAGCUCUACCAACCAAUGUACCUGUUCCUUUUUAACAAUCUGCUGCUGCUGACCAAGCGCAGCUCGAGUGGGGACAAGUUCCAGGUUAUUGACUCAUGCACACGGGCCAUGUUGAGGACUGAAGAUCUUGAAGACCAGGGCCAACUUCUGGCCAAUGUCUUUACUCUGAAACUGCUGGAGAACCAAGAGGAGCGUGAAGUCAGCUACAUGCUCAAGACCUCCAGUAUGAGUGAUAAGCUGCGAUGGAUGUGUGCCCUCACUCCUAACCGGCGCACACGCUUUAUGUCUACUAGUGCCCACCAACCAGACUCUCCACAGGUGCAAUGUAUUCAGUCAUACUCAUCUCAGGAGCCAGAUGAACUCUCCAUCGAGAUGGCUGAUGUUUUAAACCUCCUAGAAAGAACAGACGAUGGCUGGAUGAUGGGUGAAAGGCUCCAUGAUGGCGAAAGGGGCUGGUUCCCUUGUCGAUUAGUGGAGGAGAUUCAGAGCAAGGAGGUCCGAGCUCAGAACCUGAGAGAGGCCUUCAGGAUCCAGCAAGCCCAGGAAGGUGGAGGAGUCCCGCAAACUGGAGCCAGGAUUGGUUUAAGGGUGGGGAGACGUACUCCAAAAUUCUCCAACUUUUCCAAUCCUUGAAUUGAUCAAAUGGGGAAGGCAAUGAAGUAAAACAGUGGAGCAGUAACAGUGAUGAAUGUCAACAUUCAGGGCCAAAUGCAUCAAAACAAAUGAUCAGGAGACAUGUGACUUAAAUCCCACACAAUGACAUCUUGUUCUAUCGAUUUUUACUUCAGUUGUUAGUUUUAGAAAUCCAAAUGAUCGAAGCGCUUGAGUAAAUUUUCUUGUACAAGCGAUGCUGCAUGUCUCAUAUAAACGCGUGCUGAAGGUGUUUUGUAGGCCCACACAACGUGGUGUGUAAUGCGUGGAGCAAAGAUCUCCGUUUGGUUGGAAGCUAUAUGUGGGGAUUGCAAGAAAUUUAAAAGUUUUGUAAAGGCAGUGUAAACAUCCUUCAGCUGCAUGGGCAUGUUUAAAAAGUUUUCUGUGUUCAUUUUAUUAUAAAUUAUACCCAACAGCCACAAAACAAACAUUUAAGUGUACAGCCACCACAAGAGCUCAAUACAAAUAUAAAACACAACAAAAAACAUGCAGUGCAUUAAGCUUUCAGGACUACUGUCUAAUAAAACUGUCUAAUAAAAUCCUAUUCAAUGAAAAUUAGCAAUGAUUGCUAAAAAGUCUGUAUCUAUGAAUAUUCAAAUAAGAGAUGUAGCUAAAGUGAUACUCCACCCAAAAUCUUUUGACUUUGAAACACUGAGUACAGCCAGAUUGUAAAAUGUUGCUGGUUGUAAAAGUUUUAAUGGAGAACAACGGCAGUAGUCAGCUUAGCUUCACAGGGGUUAGAACGUCGGAGUCCAACGGUAACAAGCUUUCACAGCGGCUACAAAAGUGACAGGACAUCCAGAAAAAUCAGUGGUGACAGCUUGAAAUGUGUGCAAAAUCAUGCAAACACACAUGCAACAAAUGGAUUGCACCACCACAAACACAUAAUAUAUCUCCUUAGGUUUGGUACAUAACUAUGCACAUCUAUAUCAAAACUGGUACACGUACCAAAAAAUACAUGUUAUGCUAGCAGAGACCCAAAUCAUACUAUAUAUGAUUGUACAGUAUGACUAGAUGGCACGGCGGCUGAUCAGAACACACAAAACAGACCUUCAGUCUACUCACCCCAAUUUAUUUAAAUGGCAUCUGAGGAGUCUUUAGUAGUGCUGAAUCCUUUAACAUGUCCUGUAAAUCAAACUGCAUGUCUCUGGUGUUCCCAUUUUGAUAGAAUAACAAGGCUGUGAUAGUUUUGAAUUAUCUAUACGUUUUUUAUUUCAGUUUAAUUUUAGUUUAGCUUUUCUUUUCAUAUGUGUUUGAUAGUUUUAGUUUAGUUAAAUUUUUUAAAAAGGUUGAGUUUUGUUUUUUUAAAUAUUUAGUUCUCGUUUUAAAAGUAGUUUUAGUUUGUUGUAUAAUGGCAUGUAUAAUGUUUCAUCAUACACAGAAGAUAUCCUAUUGCAAUUUCAUCCUGACCCUACUUGUUUAACAUUAGACUUGAGCUAAAUAGCCUUUUGUAUAUUUUAAUUUGAUUCAUUUUUAACCAGGAAAUAUUGUUUAAGUUAAGUAUAUUUUUUCCUUAAGGGAUAUUGUAAGUUUACUGUCAACUUCAAAUUAUUAUUUUAGUUUUAGUUUGGAUUUUAGUUAACAUUAAGAACCCCGACCGUCUGUCUUAUGCCACAGUCCAAGUAUUUUUUCAAUUUGUUUUAACUUUGAAUGUGCUAAAUUCAAAAUUCAGAGCAUUGAUAUAGCAGCCGAUUUUCGACCUUCCAUGAACCCAAGCUGACCACAGUCUUUGUCCUCUGUCAAAGAACAAACUACAAACUAAUAGUCACCUUCUGAGCCUUCAGUGUUUUCCAGUGAAAAGAUACAGUUUGUGUGGAUAACCUCUUAAAAUUGUCAAUACAACAGGAGAACACACACACACACACACACACACACACACACACACACACACACACACACACACACACACACACACACACACACACACAAGGGAUAUAUCUACUAUAAAAGCAGUUUAAAGCCAAAUAAAUGCAAUUUGUUGUAACUGUAUAGAAUGUAUCAACACUAUUGAUCAGCAUGAUUGUAAAGCCCUGUUUGUCUUUAAAUAUGGUAUAUGUACAGUGAUGCAAAUAUUUGAUGUUCAAGCUAAUAAUUACUUAAUGAUUAUUAUUUCAUUUUGUAAGAUGUAAAUUAUUGUUCAUAAAAAAAGGAUUAAUCGGAGAUGUGCCUGACUUGCUGAUG